CCGCCCGAAUUCUGGGACCGACUCUCCAAGAUUCCACUGAUCGUCGACGCUCUAGACGAGCUCGAACGGCGAAACAAGCGACUCUCCUCUCCACCAAAGCACUGUGUGCCGCGGCGCUUCGGAGCACCAGACCUCGUGCCAGUCACACGAGCGCUUGCUCGAUUUGCAAGUGACGGCGGCCCAGACUUGUGUGACCUCCGAGGGUAUCGCGAGCCGAUUGACCGCCGACCAGCCAACAGCAUGAGCUCCUCACGAGGACGGGCGACUGCGUCCACCAAUCCAACAACUCUUACGUCGACAUCGGGAACGACCAAAUCCAAGAAAUCCAUCACAGUUUAUCACCCCGCGUUCGACCAGCAUUUGACCGACCAUUCCAUCCACCCACUACGCAAAUCGCGAAAGCCAAGGGAGGACGAUCGAAGGGACAUAACGGAGGCACUGGCAGUCCCAAGGCCGUCACUAUCACCAUCCAAGUUCUCUGAUGGCGCAUUUGAGGAAUUCGAGAACGCUACCCUCGAAGCCAAGGACGAGGAGGCUGUCAAAGCUAAUGUUAUCCCCACCAUCGCCGGCGCUCGGCACGCCGAACACCCAUGCGCCAGAGAUACGGUGUUUGGAAAUCUCGACCCACUUACGGACGGCUGUAUAGCGCGGGCCAAGCCAGACCUCUACUACGGCGCACAUCCCGAAGACCUCGAUCGAUCCAUCCGCGACGAGCUCGGCCAUCACAUCAUCCCAUCCACCAUGGAAGACAAACCUUUGGUGCCCAACUUCUUCACAGAAAUCAAAGGACCGGAUGGGUCGGCAGCCGUGAUGCAGAGACAAGCGCGCUACGACGGGGCGAUUGGAGCCCGCGGCAUACACAGCCUGCAGAACUACGGCAAUGACGAGCCUGUCUACGAUGGGAGACCCUACACAUUCAGCUCGACCUACCACGGCGGGACCGGGACUCUUCAGCUAUACACGCACCACAUGACCGAGCCGACCACUCCCGGAGGACGCCCGGAGUACCACAUGACUCAACUGAGGUCAUUCGGCAUGACGGACAGUCGCGAGACCUUUGUCCAAGGCGCCACCGCGUUCAGGAACGCCCGCGACGUGGCGAAGCAGUACCGGGACAGCUUUAUUCGAGCAGCAAACGAAAGAGCACGGCAA